AUGGAUGAGGAUGCUCUGACCACCCUGAAGAUCCUGAUCAUUGGGGAAAGUGGGGUGGGCAAAUCCAGCCUUCUGUUGAGAAUCACAGAUGAUACCUUUGAUCCAAAUAUUUCAGCAACAAUUGGCGUUGACUUCAAGGUGAAGACUAUCUCGGUUGAUGGAAAUAAAGCUAAGCUUGCAAUAUGGGAUACCGCAGGUCAGGAGCGCUUCAGAACACUGACUCCUAACUAUUACAGAGGUGCACAUGGUGUUAUAUUAGUUUAUGAUGUCACAAGAAGAGAUACUUUUGUUAAGCUGGAUAACUGGUUAAAAGAAUUGGAUACAUAUUGCAUGAGAGAUGACGUAACGAAAAUGCUAGUUGGAAACAAAAUUGAUAAGGAAAACCAUGAAGUUGAUAGAAAUGAAGGGCUGAAAUUUGCACGGAAGCAUUCCAUGUUGUUUAUAGAGGUUAGCGCAAAAACCUGCGAUGGUGUACGAUGUGCCUUCGAAGAAUUCGUUGAAAAGGUCAUUCGAACGCCUGGACUAUGGGAGACUGAGACCCAGAAUAAAGGAGUAAGGCUAUCACAGAGUGAAGAACGUCCUCGUGAAGUUUGUGGAGGAUAUUGUUCUAUGCUUUAUAGACUUUAGGAAGCUCUAUCUUUUGUUUUUGAUCAGAUAGUGUCACCUUUCUGUAUAUAAACUCCUUAACCGCUGCUUUAGAAAUCUUACAGGUCACCCAUAUUUGUUUUCUAUCACAGCAAGGAACAUUUAUAAGAAAAUACUCAUC